GUAGUAUAUACGAUUGUGGACGGGGGGAGUUUCUUCGAAUCGGCCAUAUCACAUGGAGAACAACAUGCUAUCAAAAUGACAACAUUCUGGCUAAACAAAUGUUUAAAUCCCUUCAAAUUGAAAAACCCGUCAGCCUUUUCAUUAAGGACUCAAGUCUUACUACGAAAUGCUGCGUUCUCUUCGUGUGCACACCGAAUUUACGAACAAAAUUUGACGAAACAAAUGGUACAUGAAAGUAAACCCAGGAAAAUAUAUGGGCAAUAUUGUAAUAUCAAACAACGUGAAAAGGACUUGGAUUUAUGUACUUUUGGUUCAGUAACACGACAAUUUCACGGAAGUAGUUCUAGUGUGAGAUUUCAGGAAGAAAAGAAGCCAGAGUCACUACAGGAACUGGUGGAAGCAACAGAAAGACCUCAAACUGCACUUACUGUUAGUCAGAAAGGUACAGUAUCAUCCUACUUUAUAUUAGAACUUGAUCUACUAGAGAACAGAUGCACGGGACUACGUCCCACAAACUUGGUUUCAAUGCAACCAAUCACAAUUCGGCCAUAUCUGCUGCAAGUCCAUGCGACUAUGCAUUGACCCUGCUUGCAAAUUGCUAAUUUGUGAUUGGUUACAGAUUUUCCCCUUUGUCAAUAUUGGACACUUGGAGAAGUGAGGGAGCAACCGCCCAUCCCAUCCCCAAUAAUUUCUGCAUGCCUUAGCCUUUAAAUGGUUGCUGAAAUGCUGUGUAAAAAAAUUGUAGCAAUAAUUUUACAAAGUUUACAUGAAAUCAAAUUGGUAAGCUAUAUAUAAAUUAAGCAAAUACGCAUGAAAUUUAAAGGCAAAAUGGCGACCUAAAUUUGUCCCCACCCAAUAUUUUGCAAAGUGUCAACCAUUGUUUUAUACUUUAAAGUUUGUGUUGUUUAUUUUAGUUGCUCAAGCAGGAAAAGAUGUCAGUUAUUUUGCCAUCAUUUUAGCUGGUUUUGCUGUUACAGGUAGUACAUGCAGUGUAGUUGCCACUUGAUUGCAUAUUAUUUAACCCAUUGAGUUGCAUUGCACCUCAGUGCAUGGACAGAUUUUCUGGGGGGUGCACCCACUAAAAUAUUUUGCACCCCCAAAAAAGGUCUCCCCUGAGCAAAAUCUGAAAAUCCGUCUAUGCCCCAAUGCACCCUGCUUUAUUAUUUUAUUCUGUCUAAUUCCAGACAAUUUUACUUGUCAAGAUCGUGUGAACAAUUCAGCCUGUUCUCUAUGUUUAUCCAAAAUCUUGAUCUUUAUUUAGGUGGUCUGUUAUGGUAUGUUUUCAGUGAAUUAUUUCUGAGCAGUAGUCCCAACAAGAUCUAUGCUGAUGCUUUAAAGAAAGUAAAGUUAAAUGAGGAGGUACGUACAUGUAUUGUAAUUAUGCUAUAGCGGAUAGCCAGAUACAACUUACCAUACUCUCAAAAAAUCUUUACCUAUCCAAUUAUCGAAAUCAUGUUUGUUUUGGUCCCCCAACGUCAACACCACUACUCCUAAGUGUUUAAUUUAACUUGGUAGUGAUAGGCAAUUAUCUGUAUCGUUAUAACUGUCACCGCAGGUUCUAAAUGCUCUUGGAGAGCCAAUCAAAGCUUAUGGUGAAGAGACGUCAAGAGGGCGAAGACGACAUGUCAGGUACUGAAGCUUGAUGUACAGUUGCGACUUACCCCAGGGAUGGAUUUACUAAUGGUGCUGGGGUGUGUGUACCCUAAACCAUGACCAUGGCCAAAGCCCAAUGAGUAUACCACCAUGAACCCCCUCCCCACCUUGCCCACACCCCCUCCAUACCAGAUCUGGCAGGAUUCAUCCCUGAUUCACCCAAAUGGAUGAUCAAAAAUUUGCUGGUCUAUUAAUUAAAUUAAGCAACAAGAGUAAAUCAAGGCUCAUCAUCAUUUGAAUGAAUAAAAUUAUCUGUUGUUGCCAUAUAACUGUUAUUUCUCUUGUCUAGUUUUCAAGAAUAUAUUGUUGCUGGAGAGAAUUACAUGAGAGUAAAAUUUUAUGUUUCUGGUACUCAUCGCAAAGGAACCGUUCACGUUGAUGUUAAACAGGUAAUUUGAGAUUUCUGUUGUGGUUUUUGUCUGAAAAGAAAUUAAAAACACUUUGACAUAUUUCGAGUGAAGUCACAUCCUGAUAACGCUAAAUCUUUUCAACAGGUUUCGGCAAGAAGAUAUGAAUAUCGCUUUAUUUUUGUUGAAAUGGAAGGCUUCCCUCCUCUGACAAUCAUCAUUGAGGACAACAGAUUAGAAACUGAUUAAAGUAAAAAAAUGAUAACUAUAGGUAAAGUAACUAUAUGGAGUUCUAUUCUAGGCUACAUUGAACAAUAUUGAACAUGUUGGUUGACAGAGCCUCUUAAGAAUUUUUCAUUGGAGGGGCCAUCAACAUAAAGGGACCUAAAUGGUGAACUGGAACAAUGGGAACCUGUAAGGAUGUCUAGGGAUCCACCUUUGAUUUUCUGCAUUUUUUUAUACAACUUUUGAUAUAUUUCAACCAGUAAACAAAGGUUUGGCCAUAGGAGCACAAAAACGCUUUUUGCUUAUAGUUAAACAGAAGGGAUCUUCACUGUGGGUGGAGUAAUUGGCUGGGAGGACUCCCCCCCCCCUACCCCACCCCCAGUUUAUAUAAAUGUUACAAGAGGCUCUGUAAUCGUUGAAGGAUUUAACUACAUGAAUAAUAUAGAAAUAAAAUCAAGGUUUUGACUGGGCGAAGGCCAUCUAGCUGGACGUUGGUAGAAACGUUAAAAUUCUUGACUUUUUACAUCAUUUGGUAAAUACAGAAAUGCUUUAUCAACAAGAUUUGUGGUCCGUUUAGCCUUUAGGCUUUGUGAUUCAUUAAUAUAUUUUACUGGCGAAGUUGACAUUGAUUUUAGAUGUGAUUAAAGCCACUGUCAAACGAGGAUGAGAGUUAAUUGGCAUGCAUUGUUACGGGGACAUUUCAAGCUCUAGAUUAGCAAACAAAGGUUUGAUGGGUUUUCCAACUAUGUUAAGUAGAAUACAUGAGUCAUGAUAAGGGACCGGUCAUUAUUUAUGGUGGGUGGUGGCACCGAAGAGAAAUGUUUUUUGUGGCAAAAAUUUUGCUGACCCGACCAUUAAAAAGUAAAAAAUUUGAUUACCCAACCUCAAAUAUCAAUUAAAAAAUAAAUACCCACCCCUGGCCAAAAACUUUACAAAAAGGUACCACUCAGUUGUCACACAUGUCCCUUGC